AUGUUUCUUCAGAUGAACUGCAAAGCCUUGCAUUUUGCAGUGGGGGCAAAUAAUUUAUCUGUGGUGGAUUUCUUGCUUAAUCACAAGGCAAGAGUGGAUAUUGCUGAUAAGAAGCACGGCUUGACAGUAAUUCACCUUGCAGCCUGGUCUGGAAGUCUCGAGAUCAUGCUCAUGCUCAUUAGAGCUGGAGCAGACCAGAGGGCCAAGAAUCAGGAUGGAAUGGAUGCCCUCCACUUUGCAGCUCAGAGCAAUAAUGUACGUAUCGUGGAGUACCUCAUUCAAGAUCUGCAUUUGAAGGACCUGGACCAGCCUGAUGAGAAAGGAAGAAAACCAUUUCUUUGGGCAGCCAACAGGGGCCACACUGAAAUGAUAGAAAAACUUAUCUUCCUUAAUCUACACACUUCAGAAAAGGACAAGGAGGGGAACGCUGCCCUGCAUCUUGCAGCAAAGCAUGGUCACAGUCCUGCGGUCCAGGUGCUGCUAACCCAAUGGCAAGAAAUAAAUGAGAUCAAUGAGAAUGGAGAAACACCAUUCUUUCUGGCUGUUAAAGGAGGUCAUGAAGAAGGCAGCAAAGUGCUUCGGGCAGCGGGCAGCGAUGUCAACAUUCCAAAUAAACUCAACAUCAGUGCUUUGCAGAUGGCAACCCAGAAUGGCCAUACAUCCCUUGUCAGCUCUCUUCUCAGUGAGAAUGUUGAUCUGCACCAGAACGCAGAGCCAAAGGACUCCCCUCUUCAUUUAGCUGUUAUCAACAACCAUAUCCCAGUUGUGAAUAGCUUAUUAAGUGCACAGCACAACACUGGCAUCUUAAAUCAGAGGCAGCAGACUCCUUUGCAUGUUGCUGCUGAUCUUGGCAAUGUGGAACUGGUGGAAACCUUGCUGAAGGCAGGCUGUGACCUGAAUGUUGAUAAGCAAGGGAAGACUGCCAUGGCCGUGGCCUCCAGGAGCAACCACAGCCUUGUUGUGGACAUGAUCAUUAAAGCAGAGAGAUACUAUGCCUGGAAAGAGGAGCAUGGUGAGAGCAUCAGGGACCCAUCAACCAGCUUUACUUUGACAUUCAAGCAAGAUCACAGUUUGGAGACCAGACAUAUUUGCAGUCUUCUCUGGAACCUGGCUUACCAUCAGCUAAAGGCCAAUGAGUGGCAGAAGCUGGCCCGUUCAUAGAACUUUACAGAUGACCAGAUCAGAGCCAUUGAGGAGCAGCGGUCAGGAAAGGGAAGUUUCCGUGAACACGGCCACAAGGCUCUGCUCAUCUGGCUGCAUGGGAACCUGAUGACACAGGCCACUCCGGUCAAGCAUCUGUAUGAAGAGCUGGUACGCACAGGUUUCCCAGAACUAUCUGAAAAGAUCCGUCAAUUCAAAAACGAAACUAACUCAAAGUCCAAGAAAUGUGCAGUUUCAUAA